CAGGGGAUCUGAAAAGGGGCAGCGGCGCUCGCCGACUCGCCGGGCGCCAUGGAAGCGGCGCUGAGCCGGUUCCGGUGUUUCGAUUGCCACUGCACAGACUUGGACGAUGCGCCAGAGCUGCAGGGGAACGAAAUGAGCCUGCACCAGCUGAGCUUCGCCCGAGGGGACUGGUCCGAGGAGGUCGUGGAGCGGAAGCCCAGCCUCGCCUCGAAGCCGCGGGAGGAGCUGAAGGCGAUGAUGAAGACCUUUGCAGAACGGGGCGCGCAAGGCGUACCUAUACUGCUUUUCGACGAGUUCUCUGGGGUAUUAUGUCCUGGGAUGUACCAACUGGACGAGCAGCUGCAAACCUUGCAGUUCCUGCCCGAGGACACGGCGGACAGCUGCCCCUACGGGACGCCGGUGCAAACCGCGCAGGUGGACCAGGUCUUAGAAGUCCACCAGUCGACGGAAGCCAUCCACCACGUGGAGCCAGGCGCAUGGAAGGAGCUCUCCGAAGAGGAGCGAUCGAGGCUUUUGGUCUUGGUCUAUCAGAUCGAGGCCCCGGAUCGCCUGGCCGCGAUCGACUGCCGGAAGGUCUGCUUUCUGGAAGUCGACUGCGAGAGCAGCAGGAUGUUCGCGACUUGCAUCAGGAUUCUCCGGCGCUACUUCCGAGAGACUCAGCAAAGCCUGCGCGAGAUCUGAC